AUGUUUGAAAACAUUCCAAAUUGUUCCCAACUCAACAAUGAAAGUAAGAUUCAGUCAAUCCACUACCCUCAGAAACGUUUUUAUCGCCAAAGAGCACAUAGCAAUCCAAUGUCUGAUCACGAUCUAGUCUACCCUCUUUCUCCAGAAAAGUAUUUUUUUCGAGUAAAAAUUUUCAAAAAAUUCUUUUUAAGAAUGGAUUGGUCUCAACUUUUUUCUUCUUCUUCAAGUAAUUCUUUGCCUCAAUUUGCUGAUAUUGGUUGUGGAUAUGGAGGUCUGUUGGUUAGACUUUCGCCCAUGUUUCCUGACAUUAUGAUGGUUGGAAUGGAGAUUAGAGUCAAGGUCUCAGAUUUCGUUCAAGACAGAAUCAAAGCUUUGAUAGAGCAAAACCCCUCAAAAUAUGGAAAUAUCUGCUGUGUCAGAAGCAAUGCAAUGAAGAACAUUACAAACUUUUUCUUCAAAGGACAACUUGACAAGAUGUUUUUUCUCUUCCCAGAUCCUCAUUUUAAGAAGACAAAGCACAAAUGGAGGAUAAUUUCAACAAAUUUGCUUUCUGAAUAUGCUUAUGUUUUGAAACCUGGAGGUUUGUUUUUGUUUAGAAUUGGUUGA